ACAGUUCAGAAAUGGCACGACUUUCAAAUGCGUUGGAAUCCAGUCAACUACGGCGAAAUCAAACAGAUUCGUGUGUCCCCGGACAAAGUCUGGUUGCCUGAUAUCGUAUUGUUCAAUAACGCUGAUGGUAACUAUGAGGUAUCAUUUAUGUGCAAUGUGGUGAUAAACCAUCUGGGUGAUAUGCUCUGGGUGCCGCCGGCCAUUUACAAAAGCUCAUGCAUCAUUGAUGUGGAAUUCUUCCCGUUUGACGAACAGCUGUGUACACUGGUGUUCGGAUCGUGGACAUACAACGAGAAUGAGAUCAAACUCGAGUUCGAGCAAGCCGAAUGGGUGGAUUUGUCCGAAUAUGCUCCGUCCUCCAUUUGGGAUGUGAUGGAUGCGCCAGCGUCGUUGGUGAACAAAAGGAGCCGCAUUGAGUUUCAAGUCAGGAUACGACGAAAAACACUGUUCUACACUGUCGUUCUCAUCAUUCCUACUGUUCUUAUGGCAUUUCUUAGUAUGGCGGUGUUCUUUUUGCCGACUGAUUCAGGUGAAAAGAUGACGUUGACGAUUUCUGUUCUCCUCUCCAUCGUUGUGUUCCUCCUGUUGGUGUCAAAAAUUCUUCCGCCGACAUCCAGCACCAUUCCACUUAUGGCAAAGUAUCUCUUGCUCACAUUCGUUCUAAAUGUGAUCACUAUCUUAGUGACUGUAAUCAUUAUUAAUGUUUAUUUUCGUGGACCAACAACACACCGAAUGCCGUGGUGGGUUCGCCGGCUUUUUUUAGAGUGGAUGCCGAACGCGAUGUGCAUGAAAAGACCAAGGUCAUUUUCACUUGAUAAGAAAGUCAUAGAGCAACUACGACCAACCAUAGCCCAAUUGCCAGGAUUGGGCCAGUUCGACUUCUGUCUCACCGCUCAUCAUCCAUUUUGCCCAAGCGCUAGCGAUACGUACGUCCACAGAUCAGACAAUUUCGCUGUCGUUGUGGAAAGAAGUUUGGGUCAUACGGCAACUAUGUAUUACAGAGAAGCUUCACCAAAACUUAUGCAUUCUGGAAUCACAACGGAAAUCAGCAGCAAUUCUUCCGUAUUCUAUCCACUCUCAGAGGAGGCAAUCCGUGCCAUCGACUCUAUCGAUUACAUCACUGAUCAUCUAAAAAAAGUGCAAGAACGAAAAAUGUAUCGUGAUGACUGGAAGUACGUGGCGAUGAUUAUCGAUCGAUUGCUUCUGUACGUCUUCUUCGGCAUCACCGUCGGUGGUACGUGUGGUAUACUUUUUAGUGCACCGUAUGUGUUCCAAGGUGAGUUCACUAACGCUAUUAGACUUAGCAAAAUCUAA